AUGUCGGCUCAGCUUCAGUACCCCACUCUCCCCGUCAUUGCCGGCACCGACUACGUUCACGAGCCCAUCCAGGCUUUUAAGGCUGCCGUUGCCCAGAUUGUCGCCGACGCUUGGGAGGAGGAUGUCUCCAAGAUCUACGCCGGUGUUGACACCGGCAAGAAGGGCACCGACCUCGCCCUUGCUGUGCCCCGUUUUAAGAAGGGCAAGCCUGACGAGUGGAUCAAGAAGGUCGAGGAGGCUUUCAAGCCCAACAACUUGAUUGCCUCGUUCAAGCCCCAGGGCCCCUUCCUCAUGUUCGACGUCAACAAGCAGGCGUUUGCCUACCACCACCUCCGGGCGAUUAGCAGCAUGGCGGCUGCCGCCAAGGCCGACCCUGCCGCUCACAACAAGGAGUUCGGUUGCAGCACCGAGGGUGCUGGCAAGCACCUCCUUGUCGACUUUUCGUCGCCCAACAUUGCCAAGCCCUUCCACGCUGGCCACCUCCGCUCCACCAUUAUUGGAACUGUUAUCUGCAACCUGCACGAGACUGCCGGCUGGAAGGUGACGCGUCUCAACUACCUCGGUGACUGGGGAACCCAGUACGGUCUCCUUUCGCUCGGUUACGACCGUUACGGAGACGAGGAGGCCCUCAAGGCCGACCCUAUCCACCACCUGUUUGAGGUCUACGUCAAGAUCAACAAGGACAAUGACGCCGAGAAGGCCAAGUUCAACGCCGGCGAGGCCAUUGACCCCGAGUCGACCAUCCACGCCGCCGCCAAGCGUGUCUUCAAGGACAUGGAGGACGGCGAGCCCACUGCUAUUGCCCAGUGGACCCGCUUCCGUGAGCUCUCGAUUGAGAAGCUCAAGGAGACCUACGCCACCCUCAACGUCAACUUUGACGUUUACUGGGGUGAGUCGCAGGUCAAGCCCGAGUCGAUGGAGCGCGCCAUCCAGAUUUGUGAGGAGAAGGGCCUCACCUGCAAGGAGGACAACGGUGCCCUCCUUGUCGACCUGAAGAAGUACAAGAUGGACCGUGCCAUUAUCCGCAAGGCCGACGGUACCUCGAUCUACCUCACCCGUGAUCUCGGUGGUGCCCACGACAAGUGGGAGCUUUACCACUUUGACAAGCACAUUUACGUCACUGCCUCUGCCCAGGCUCUGCACUUUAAGCAGCUGUUCAAGACCCUUGACCUCAUGGGCGAGCCCUGUGCCGACAAGCUCGAGCACGUCACUUUCGGCAUGGUCCACGGCAUGUCCACCCGUAAGGGUACCGUCGUCUUCCUUGCCGACAUUCUGUCCGACGCCAAGGACGUCAUGCACGAGCAGAUGAAGUCGAACGCCGCCAAGUACGCUCAGGUCGAGGACCCCGAGGGCACCUCGGCCAUUAUUGGUGCGACUGCCGUCAAGAUCCAGGACUUGACCGGCAAGCGUAUCAACGACUACACUUUCGACAUUAAGCGCUGCACCUCGUUUGAGGGUGACUUUGGACCCUUUAUCCAGUACUCGCACGUCCGUCUGUGCUCCGUCGAGCGCAAGAACCCCAACGUCCCCGUUGCCGACUCUGUGGAUGAGAUUGACGUUUCCGUCCUGGAGGACCCCAAGAUCCACGAGGUUCUCUACCACCUCGCUGCCUACCCCGAGAUCAUCAAGUCGGCGCUCAAGUUCUCCGAGCCCUCGACCAUUGUCAACUGGUGCUUCAAGCUGUCGCACCUGGUCGGCUCGGCAUGGGAGACCAUUAAGGUCUCGGGUGCCGAGGACCGCGAGGCCCGUGCCCGUCUCUUCCUCUUCGUCCAGAUCCGCAACGUCCUCAACCACGCCAUGCGCACCCUGUCCCUCACCCCCAUUGAGCGCAUGUAA